AAGGCAAGUGCUUGUAUAAGUGAAGUUGUUAGAGAUGUAGGUCAUGAAGAAGAUUUGCCCAAUGUAUUUGAAAGGGAUGGUCAAAGUUAUCUGGUACAUGACUGUGAAUGUGACCAGGGGUUAACCGUCUGCGGAUGUUUGAAUUUUCCAUUGUCAAAAGGGAGUGUGAAUAACACCGAGGUUGUUUUAAUGAGGGAUUCAGGUUGUACCAGCGUGGUUGUGAGCUCUAAAUUAGUCCAACCAGAGCAAUUGACAGGAGAGUUCAAAGAUUGUAUGCUAAUAGAUGGCACUGUACGACGUUUACCAGUAGCGGUAGUCAACAUCGAUUGUGAUUAUGUUCAAGGAAAAGUUGAAGCUUUAAUGGUGAAUACGCCAGUCUUUGAUUUGAUUAUCGGAAAUAAGCCAAAACUAGUGAACAUUGGUGAACAUAGUGAGGGUAACUCAAAAGAUGGCGCUAGUGUUGGGUGUAACAAUGAGACUGAGCAAACCAAAAGUGUAGAUCUUGAUGUAGAAAUAAAGAAUACCGAACCUUUGGUUGAGAGUAGUUUGAGUGAUGAUCUUGAAACCGGUAAGGCUGUAGUGACACGUCAUCAGGCCAAGGCAAACAAGCAGCCAGUAAAACCAUUGUUGGUAUCAUGCGGUGAAACUGUUGAAAAGAGUGUUGUAGUUGAAAACCAAAAGGACGAUCCUUCACUUGAGAAGUAUUGGAAGUUAGUUGGUAUUGAAAAGGCACGUGAAACCCAAAGUGGUGUAGUCAGGUUUGAGGAAAGAAAAGGUGUUUUAUACAGGGUGUUGACGCCUAAAGGUGGUAAAAAACCGGUGAAACAAUUGGUGGUGCCUGAGCAGCAAAGAUUGAAAGUUCUUACUGUGUCUCAUGAAGGUUUGAUGAGUGGUCAUUGUGGAAUUAGGCGAACAACAGAAAGAGUUUUGUCUAACUUUUAUUGGCCCGGUGUGAACACAGAUGUGAUCAGACAUGUUAGGUCUUGUGAUAUAUGCCAGAAGACAGCACCCAAGGGUAAACAAGGCAAGGCUCCAUUGAUCAGUAUGCCUGUUAUACAAGAGCCCUUCAAGCGUGUAUCAGUUGAUUUGGUUGGUCCAAUUGUACCAUGUUCAGAGAGAGGUCAUAGAUAUAUCCUAACGGUCACUGAUUACGCAACUCAGUACCCAGAAGCUGUAGCGCUUAAAAACAUAGACACCAUCACUGUAGCUGAGGCAUUGUUAGAGAUUUACACAAGACUAGGUUUUCCACAGGAGUGCCAGUCGGACAGGGGGACCCAGUUUUUAUCUGAGGUCAUGCAAGAGGUUGAAAGAUUGUUGUCAAUUAAGCAUGUAGCAACAACACCGUAUCAUCAACAAUGUAACGGGCUAGUAGAACAUUUCAAUGGUGUUUUGAAAACGAUUCUGAAAAAACUGUGUAGUGAGUGCCCCAAGGAAUGGGACAGGUACUUGUCAGCGGUACUGUUUGCCUAUCGUUCAACAGAGCAAGAGAGUACUGGGUAUAGCCCAUUUGAGUUGAUGUUUGGUAGAAAGGUCCGAGGUUCGAUGGAGUUGUUGAAGAAAUAUUGGACCCAAGAUGAUUCUGAGAGUGAAAGCAAACCGGUGUACAAGUAUGUAGUUGACUUGAAGCAAAGAUUACAAGAAACAUGUAAAUUGCCCCAAGAGGCGUUGUGUAAAGCCCAACAGAGGCAAAAGAUGUAUUACGAUCGCAAAGCUAGACCAAAGUCACUCAAGUUUGGGUCAAAAGUUUUGUUGUUGCUUCCAGUGAAGAAAAAUAAGCUCUUAUUGCAAUGGCGUGGUCCCUACACAGUUGUAGAGAAAUUAAGUCCUGUAAAUUACACCAUCCAAGUUGGAAGGAAGGUGAAGAACUUUCAUGUCAACAUGUUAAAACCGUACAUUGAACGGCCUGAAAAGGGGCAUAAGAACCUGAAUGACUCUGGUCCAGACGAUCAAGAUGAUGUGUUGGCAUCCAUUGUACAAUUGUACGGGGUUCAGAAUGACAUGAAGUCAGGUGACGUCACUUCCAUGUUGGAAGAUCCUGGUAAAACUGAAAUGUUAGCAUCGGUUGUUGUCAAGGAUUUUGACAGCGGUGAAGGUACUAAAAACGAGAUGAUUCAUACUUGUCCAAUAGGUGGUGAUGAAACAAUAGCAGAUGUCAAGGUUAAUCCUAAUUUAAACCCCCAGCAGAAACAAGAUGUUCAGAAUCUCUUGGAAGAGUUUUCUGACAUCUUUACCACAAAGCCGGGGUGUACCAAUCUGGUUAAAUAUGAGAUUAAGUUGACAACUGAUGAGCCUGUGAGAGCAAAGUCUUGACCCUCAUCAAGGAAGCAAGGAUGAAGAAUGCUAGGGUCAUGAGGUGGUCAAUGUUCCUGCAAGAUUAGACUUUCACUGUGAAGUCUAUCAAAGGUGUUGAUAACUUACUGGCAGAUUAUCUGAGUAGAGUGUGAGAAACAUGGACUUGUGAGAUUUGAUGAUGUCUUAGUAGAUCGUAAAAGACAUGAACUUUGUAUUGUGAGAUUUACUAAUAUUUUGUGUAAAGAUAGAAUUACUCUGUAAUUACUUUUGAGGGGAGCAAUGUGACAAAAUAGUAGAAAGUAGAACCCCUAUUGUGCAUAGGUGGUUAAUACCUAAGUCAAUAUGAUCAAUAUGAUUAGGUAAUGCUGUUUACCAUGUUUAGAGGCUUGCUAGGCCUAGGCCCUAUAGUGCUUUAGUUAUGUUGACAGAGGCCGAGCGUGCAGACCUUUGGCUGUGUUAGACCAGACAGGGAUCUGGUUGUAUUUUCUGAUAAAAAAGACCUGGGACCACCUUGUUCACCACCACAAAACCAACGUCCGCGUGGAAUACUCUGAAACUCACGGACACGAUAUAUGUACUCGAAUCGAGACAUUAUAAGAACUUAUUCGUGGAAGAACCGUUAAAGCUUGUGCACUGUAUUUGUUAACCCUAACUGUUGUAUAUACUUGUUUCAAUAUAUGUUUCAAAUGAAGACAAAGUUUUCCCUUGAUCAAUCUUGCGCCCAAG